AUGCCGUUUCGCAACGUCACCAUCCAUCUUAACGGGCCUUUGACCCCUGAGUCUCGUCAGCUGGCUUUAGAGUUAACUGCCGCUGUCCAAAACGCCACCGCAGAUACAACGGGGGCUCAUGUCUCCGCUUCGGUUUCGGCCAUGAAGAAGACGAACAAGAAGAAGGGCAAGGAAAAGAGACUUCCUGCCGCCCCCUCGAAGCCCGAUACCGAGCCCACUCACCCUGCCGAUGGCGGCCGCCGCAUUAAAGUAUCCAACUUGGACUACCAGGCUAAGGAGAAUGACGUCCGGGCGUUUUUCCGAGCAUUUAAAAUCAAUAGUGCUAACAUCAACUAUAGUAUUGAUAUUCUCGUACCGGAGAAUUCCUCAGGCGGUAACCGUGGCUAUUGCUUUGUCUCGUUGUCAUCGCCCCGUGCUGCCGCUGUGGCCAUCGAGCUGCUCAGAGAGAAGAUGAUCUGCGGGCAGUUCGCCGCGAAAAAGACCACCUCCACCGAUGUCGUUGCCGCUAGGGAGGCCUUCGAGAAGGCCGUAGAGAAGGCUGUUGGCGCUAAAGACGAGGCUGUCGCCGCUAAAGCAGCUUACGAGAAGGCUUUGGCCGCCGCCGCUACUGCUGAUGCUAUUACUGCUGCUGCUGCUGCUGCUGAUAAUGAUGCUGACGCUGACGCUGAUGUUGAUGCUGGUGGUGGUGCUCCUGUGGAGGUGGAUGAGUAA